AUGACCACCCCCUCUAUCACCGCCCUCGCGGCCCAAGCCAAGACCUUCAAAGCCCUCCACAUCCCCGGCACCCCCCUCCUCCUCGCCAACGUGUACGAUGCAACCUCAGCCCGCAUUGUCGGCUCCCUACCCGGAUGCCGCGCUCUAGCAUCGGCAAGCUACGCCCUCGCAAAGACCAUCGGGAUCGAAGACAGCGAGCUCACGCUGGAGCAGAACCUUAGACUGCUCAAGCCCAUCGCCGCGGUGGCGCACGAGCUGAACCUGCCCUUCACCAUCGACAUCCAGGACGGCUACGGCGACCAGCUGGAGGAGGUCAUUCGCCGCGUCAUCACCGAGCUGGGCGCCGUGGGCGUCAACCUGGAGGACUCGUACCACGACACCGAGAAGAUCAUGGACGAGACCGAGGCGCUUGACCGGGUUCAGCGGGCUCUCAAGGUUGCGGCGGAGGUAGGUGUGCCGGACUUUGUGGUUAACGCCAGGUCGGAUACCUUCCUCAUGGGCGGGGAGCUCGAUGUGUCGAUCCAAAGGGGGAAGAAGUUCUUGGAGGUGGGAGCGACUACGAUCUAUGUCUUUUGGCCACGGGACAAGGAGAUGAUCGAAGCAGAUGUGAAGCGGGUGAUUGACGAGUUGGAUGGGAGAACCAACAUUCAGCCGCGCAAGGUCUCUCCGGUGCAGAGCAAGGCGUUGACCAGCGCUGACCUUGCCAAACUCGGCACGGCGAGAAUGGGAGUGACCGUGCCCGCGCGGAGCGGGCACGCCAAAGGAGCCUGGAGGAACUUGCCGGCUGCAGUCGCGCCCUCUUUUUUUCCUGCUGUAGACCUCUUGCUUCUGAUUGACUCGGGAGAGGGUUAUCGCCCGUUUGGCGGGAUCCCAAUGGUCCUGUUCUUCGGGGACUUCUUCCAGUUCGACCCCGUCCUGCAGACCAGCCUCCUCUUGCCGGCGCCCAGGGACCGUGGCGGACAGAGACCGGAAAGCUUGGCGAAGCAUCUCGCAGCGCACAGGCUGUUCCUCCAGUUCACAACCGUUGUCAUCCUCCAGGAGCAGGUCCGCGCGGCUGGUUGCCCAAGGCUUCGGGGCUUCAUCGGGCGCCUGCGCAACGGCGAGCAGACCGAGCUGGACUUCCAGCGACUCAGUCAACGCCUUUAUACACCGUCGUGCAAGGCGUCCUUCGUAGACGGUCUGAGAGCCAUCACGCCUCUGAACCAAGACCGGUGGGACCUGAACAUGGCGGCCGUCGUCCAGUGGGCUCGUGCCCACGGCAAGCACAUCUCAGUCUUUGCGGCCAAGCACGAUACUGAGUCGGGGAAGCGAUUGAGUGCGGGGGACCUAUGCCACGUGCUCCGCUACGGAGACGACUCGCAGCUGCCGACCCCCGGCCUGUUCUUCUACGCGCAAGGCAUGCCGGUCGUGGUGACUCGCAACCAGUUUGUCGGGCUGAAGGUGGUCAACGGGGCGCCUUUCAAGGCCGUCGACAUCUUUCCCGACCUCGCCGCCGGCACCAUCGCGCUGGCCAGCAAUGUGACUCUUCAUCUUGGACCGCCGGUGGCCGUCCUCCUUCAGUCAGACGAUAGCGCGGGCCUCGCCAUGCCCGGGUUCCCCAAUGGCACCAUCCUGAUCAAGAGCAAGACGGUCGCCAUCCCGAGCCAAAUGCGGGGCAAAGAAGGCAGAUGGAGGGGCAAGCCGGGCUUUCGGUGGGUUACCCACAGAACUGGACCUCUUUGCACCCCGACCUUCGCUAUGACAGAUCAGAAGAGCCAGGGCAAGCAGUUCUCGGACGUGCUCGUCAACCUCAAAGGCGUCCACUCCAGCGGUACGGCGACUCGACCCAGCUUCAUGAGCUUGUACGUGCAGCUGUCGAGGGCGCAGAGUUGGGACGGGCUGCAUCUGUUUCGGAAACCGGCGCGUGGCGACUUUAUCGAGCCCAAGAAUGUGCUCGACAAAGACAUGAGGGACGCCAUCCUCAAGCUGGAACGACGGGGCGAGGAGACCAGACGGCGGUUCGAGCAAGACCACAGGUCUGAGCCAUGGCUUCAAGAAUGGGCUGCCAUGCCUGAAUCUGACCAGGGUACUGAAACCGAUGACGUAGAGGACGCGGCGCUCUGGCGAGACCCUGGGGUUUCCGAGCUCAGAUCGUAG